AGGGCGCCUCGCCGGUUGCGCGGCGGACCAUGCAGGCCUUUCGCAAAGCGCUGAUCGUAGGCGCAGUGCUGGGCGCGGGGGCUGGCGUGGGCUCCGCGCUCUUUGUCCUCGUGACUCCGGGAGAGGAGCGGAUUCAGGCGAUGCUGAAGGAGAUGCCGGGGCAGGACCCGCGGAGCAGGGAACAGGCGGCCAGGAACAAACAGUUAGUGCUAGCUACUCUGCAGGAGGCAGCGGCCACGCAGGAGAACUUGGCCUGGAGGAAGAAAUGGAUGGGCAGCGGCGGCGGGAGGUCAGCGUGACCCGGGACCUGCCCCUGUGGGCGCUGGGACCUGCCUUCCCGCGCAGGAGUCGGAGGCGGCCUUUAGAGAAUGGACCUGGCGGGGAGUCCGGGUCCGGGGAGCUGCCGUUCCGCUCAAACCCUGCACUGACGGCGCUUUCACGUUCACAUGGCGGGCCCGCACCAUCGGAUGCUGCUAGUUGAGGAAAUCAAUAAAUCACGUUCCUCCAUCCAGAAUGA